GACGAGCUGCGAGUUGAUUUGUUUGAUCUUCCGAGACCAACCUUGGUAUUCAUGUGAAUUACCCACGCUAUGCACGUCCUGUUUAUUGGAAAGUAGAUCAUGCCGUUGUAUCCGCGGAUCACAUCUGGAUGAAUCUGCUCUAUGUAUAAGGAUUUUUUGAUGCUUUUGAUGUGCAACACUACCAGUAUAGAGUGCGGCUAUUUUUUUUUUUGGAUGACGCACAGCAAAUCCGAAUGAUUGAUCUCACGCACAGUAGCUACAUUUCAUUGAAAAGACGCUCGCUGCCUAUUGGGUACUGGUCUUCUUUGCACGUUUUGAUAUUUCCACAGGGAUGGUCGAGUCGCUUAUGUUCAUUCCUCGUGGUCUGGUCCUGUAAUGACCCGUUAGAGACGCCUCAGUCCUGUGGUGCCCCUUGCAUAACCCUGUCCACUAACCCUUCCAACGGGUGUGUUAACCCAAAUAGGCGCAAAGAAUCUGAUAGUGACGACGAUGGCUCAACCAGGUUUGAUGGAAAUCAGCUCAUAGGGAGACAAGCAAGUAGCAGGUCUUUAGGUAUAAGAACAACCACCCCGAUAGACACUGAAUUACACCACCGCAACAUUCGCUCGAUUCUUCUCAAUACAUAGCCUCAUUCCAACCUUCUCUGAAAACCAGACCCAUCAUGCGCUUCUCAGCCUUCUCCGUUUGCGCCCUUGCCGGCCUUUCUGCUGCUGGUCCUUUGGGUGAUCUCAAUAGGCGCGCGGAUGUCGUCAGUCUUCUCACUGACCUCUACGCCAAUGUUCAAGUCUACACCGGUGCCAUCAAUGCCACCCUCGAGACUUUGUCUCCAUCAUCCUCCGUCAUCGAGAAGACGGCAGCUCUUCCCCAAGUUGGAGAAGCUUUCAACUCGAUCAAUACGGCGAUCAAGGACACCACAAGCUCUAUUAGCGAGCUCACCCCCGAAGACGCACCUGCCGAGCCUGAGAAACGCUCCGUGGGUGUAGUCGCACACCCCGUGGAGAAACGCCAGGUUGAUACGGCCACUGUGCUCCUCACUCUUAUUAUCAUUGAAGUCGUUGCCACCAUUGCCGGAGCUAUUGCGAUCUUCGGUGUUGCUGCACUGUUGAUCUACAUCAACCCAGUGACAGGAUCACUGGCUGCGUUGAUCUUGGCUGUUCAGCUCAUUCUCAACGUCGUAUUGUCUUCUGUUACUAUUCUUCUGAACACUCUUCUCGCUGGUUUGGCCCUUACUAUCGGUGGCCUGGGUGCAUAA